CUGAACAAAUUUUUUUGUUGUUUUUACAAACCAAAACAACUCAUGAAUGAUGACGAUGAUAAUGACGUUUUUACGUUUGUAUUCCGAGUCAAACCAGCACAGAGGCCAAAAGCCAACAACCCAAAAACCUCAAAAGAACUCGGAACUCUCUCUUCCUCUCUCUCUCUCCCUCCUCGGAUUUUGUUGGACUUCUGUUUUCGUGUUCUACCAAUACAUGGCAAUCUAAUUGCCUUUUUAAUUAUUUGCUAGUUUUGUUGUCGUUCAUCUAAAAGCAGAGGACUUCCACUUUUUCAUCUCCUGGUGAAAAGCUCAUCAAUUCUGGGCACUGUUUCUUCUUUUAACAUUCAGGGUUUGGUGAGGUUUACCUCUUGGAGUAUCUAAGCUUACUGAAAUUUCUGUCGGAGUUCUGGAUUGAAAAUGAGAGCAAUUGCUCGAUCUAUUAGCCAAUGUAGAUCAGCUUUACAGCAUCAAGCAUGUCAAUACUCAAGUGGUUUUGUGAGAAGGCAAAAGCUUUUGACAAACACCUAUUCUGCGUUUGUUUAUAAACACGCUAACAAUGCCAAAUUCGAUAUCUUUCAACGACCCAGGUUUUCUGUGAUCUCAAGAGCUCUGUCAAUAGAUGCUGCUCAUGUUACUAAUGGAGUGGCAGAUGUAAACAGAGCAGGGCCACUUGUUGAGUAUGAACGAAGAAUUGCUGCUGGUGAACUUGUUGAUGGUGAUGCCUGCCAGGUAGGCACCUUAAGAGAACUUCAAAGGCUCUAUGAUGAACUUGUUCAGUCAGCUGAUGCCUGCCGAUUGGAUAGGUAUACAGCUUCUGCGAAAUCUGGAAGGAGUAGGUGGUUGUGGUCUCGUUUCAUCCCACAGUCUUCAAGCUCACCAGUCAAAGGUCUUUAUCUUUAUGGAGGGGUGGGCACAGGGAAAACCAUGCUGAUGGACUUGUUUUAUGAUCAGCUAAAAUGCAGUUGGAGAAAAAAGAGGAUUCAUUUUCAUGAUUUUAUGUUGGAUGUCCAUAGAUGCUUGCGAAAGCACCAGGGUGUAGAAGAUCCACUUGAAGUGGUUGCAGGAGAGAUAUCCGAUGAUGCAGUCUUGUUGUGUCUGGAUGAAUUCAUGGUGACUGAUGUAGCUGAUGCAUUAAUAUUAAACCGUCUGUUUAGACAUCUAUUCAGCAACGGUAUCAUUCUUGUUUCCACCUCCAAUCGUGCUCCGGAUAAGCUGUACGAAGGUGGACUACAGAGGGAUCUUUUUCUACCCUUCAUUGCGAGUUUGAAGGAAAGAUGUGUAGUUCAUGAAAUUGGUUCAGCAGUAGAUUACCGGAAACUGACUUCGGCUGAGCAAGGUUUCUACUUUGUUGGCAAAGAUUUGUCAGGCUUUCUGAUACAAAAGUUUCAACAAUUGAUUGGGGAACACGAAGCUGGUCCACAAGAGGCAGAAGUAGUAAUGGGAAGGACCUUAAAGGUUCCACUAGGUGCUGAUGGAAUUGCCUAUUUUCCUUUUGAGGAACUAUGUGACAGACCUAUGGGAGCUGCAGAUUAUUUUGGAUUGUGCAAGAAGUACCAUACCCUGGCAUUGGAGGGCAUCCCAAUAUUCGGACUCCACAAUAGGACAGCAGCAUAUCGGUUUGUCACUUUAGUUGAUGUGAUGUACGAGAACAAGGCCAGACUGUUGUGUACAGCUGAGGGAACUCCAUUUGAACUCUUUGAAAAGAUUGUUACAAUCUCUGAUGCCCAACAAAUGGCACCUAGAACCUCUUCGAGGUCAAGGAAAAAUGAUGAUUCUGGGCUGUGUGUUGAUAAUGAAUUGGGUUUUGCUAAAGACCGCACUAUUAGUAGAUUAACAGAGAUGAAUAGCAAAGAAUACUUGGAGCACCAUGCUGCAACGAUUGGAGAGAAGAGCUCACAGGAAGGCACAAUUCACGAUAAAACCGUGCAAGCAUGAUGCAGAAAAAAGAUCCAACAUCUUCUAAGUCCAUCCAGUUAACCAUUGGUGUAAAAUUGUGUGGUUGCAUGUUAGCAAUUCACCAGGUUUAGUGAGGGAUUCCUAGUUAAAAAUAGGAUUCACUAGAUCUAUUUUUUAGUCUGUUCAAUAAAUGCAAUCUCAUAUGCCCUUGUCAUAAACGUUAUAACAAGCAACAGUUCUACUGGUUGGCGCCCCUGUUUUUAUAAUAAGGCUCUGAAAUUUUGAGGCUUGAUUAUUUU